CACCAAUUCACCAUUCUCUUCUCUCCAUCUUUGCCUGUCUCUCACUCUCACUCUCACUGUCGCCCAUCCAUCUCCUCUCACAUCUCUUUCUAACCACCUUCAUCUAUCUAUGUCCUGCUCACUGUUUAAGUCCUUGGACCUGCAACUCUAGCUACUUGCAUUCACUUCCUUCAACCAGGUUAGUUAGUUCCUUCAAGCUGCAACUCUUCAAGUACGAAUCUUUUUAAAGAAAUGUGUAAUCCCCGCCUCUUGAAUUCGCCUGCCUUAAGCACGAUAUAAUACUUUCAGAAAACGAAAAAGAAUGACCUUUUCGAUUAUGUUUUUCUUGUUUCUGUUUGGGUUGGUUUAUCUUUCUCCAUCAUCACUUGUUUCUGGAAUAAACUCCGAUGGGUUACACUUAUUAUCACUCAUGACUCACUGGACAUCAAUACCUCCAUCAAUUUCUUCUACCUGGAAUGCUUCACACCCAACACCUUGUUCAUGGGUUGGAGUUCAUUGCGACACUGCUACUAAUCAUGUCGAUGCUCUCAAUCUAUCCAGUUACCUCAUAUCUGGCCAGAUAGCCCCACAAAUCGGUUACUUGAACCACCUUAGAUCGAUUGACUUGAGCUAUAACAAUCUAUCUGGCUCACUCCCUUCACAACUCGGUAAUUGCACCCUUCUUCACCAUUUAGAUCUUUCCUACAACGCCCUAUCCGGAAGAAUACCAGAGAGUUUAGGGAACUUGAUUUCUUUAAAACAGUUGAGUCUUUAUAGCAAUAAGCUCACUGGUUCUAUCCCUUCGCAAAUCGGGAACUGUAGUCGUCUUGAAGAACUGGAUAUGUCCUUAAAUCACCUCACAGGGAGAAUACCAGAAAGCCUGUGGAAUCUGCAAAACUUGAAAGUCUUGAGUCUUUACGAUAAUUCUCUUACUGGAUCUAUACCCCAAUUUUCAUUUCGCAAUCCCCAAUUGGAAACACUUUACCUCAGUUUUAACCAGCUUAGUGGUCCGAUUCCGUUCAACAUAGGUAACCUGAGCAAGCUAUUAGACUUGGAGUUGAACGACAAUGGAAUCUCGGGUUCCAUUCCUUCAUCCAUUGGGAAUUGCAGUAGCUUGGAGACACUCAUGCUUGGUAACAACCAGUUGACUGGUACGUUACCUGUUACCCUAAAUGAUCUUCCCAACCUUACUACUUUUGAUGUUCAUAACAACAGUCUAGAGGGCAGCAUCAUUCGUUUUAAUGGUGGUAAUUGUAAGGAGUUGGUGUAUUUGGAUCUUUCUUUCAACCAUUUCCAUGGCGUUCUUCCUCAUGAACUGGGAGACUGUAGUAGCUUAAACCAGCUUGCUGCUGUUAGCUGUGGCUUAAGUGGUCUCAUUCCUUCUUCUCUUGGUCAACUCACUUCAUUGACCACCCUCCAUCUUUCCAUUAAUCGUUUCUCAGGAAAGAUUCCAACUGAGCUCGGGAAUUGUAAUUCCUUGGUUGAUCUGGAACUCCAUGCUAAUCUACUCGAGGGAAAUAUCCCAAAUGAAAUCGGGAUGUUAAGUCGAUUGCAAAUACUUCAGUUGUUCAAUAAUCAUUUGACAGGAGAGAUCCCUAUGGAGAUUUGGAAGAUUAAAGGCCUCAAGAAGCUUAACAUAUACAACAAUAAUCUUUCUGGGGAACUACCUGGUGUUCUUGCUGAAAUGAAAGAAUUAACAGAGAUUACAUUGUACAACAAUCGUUUCUCUGGAGUUAUACCUCAGGGGUUGGGAAUCAAUAGCAGAUUGAUGAUAAUCGAUUUCACAAAUAACUCAUUCACAGGAAAGAUUCCACCAAACAUAUGCUUCCGGAAGAAUCUACAAAGACUACUUUUGGGUUUUAAUCAUCUUGAAGGCAGUGUACCUCAUGACAUUGGAAGCUGUUCUAGUCUUUCAAGAUUAAUCUUGCAACAUAAUAACCUCACGGGUGUCCUUCCAGAAUUUGUUGAGAAUCAUAACAUGUUGUACAUGAACCUUAAGAAAAAUGGCUUCAAUGGUGAAAUUCCUGUUACCUUUGGGAAGCUUACAAAUAUCACAGAGAUUGAUGUUUCCAUGAAUAAACUCCAUGGCCAGAUACCCUUUGAGCUUGGAAACCUUGUGGAGCUUCAAGUUUUGAAUCUUUCCUACAAUGGGUUAGAAGGUCAUUUACCAUCUCAUCUCUCCAAUUGUAGCAGGUUGUUGGAGUUCGAUGCAAGUCAUAAUUCGAUAACUGGCUUGAUCCCUGAGAGCUUUAGGAAGUUGACUCGUUUGUCAACUUUAAGUCUAAAAGAGAAUCGUUUUUCUGGGGAAAUCCCACAUUUCAUAUCUGAACUCCAAAAUCUAAUAAGCCUUGAUUUAGGUGGGAAUUCAUUCAGUGGAAACAUUCCUUCAUCGAUAGUAGAGCUCCAUAGUUUAAGUAACUUGAAUCUCAGCAGAAACAGAUUAACAGGGGAUAUUCCUUCUAAUUUUGGGAAGAUGGUAAUGCUAGAGUACUUGGAUGUUUCAUUCAACAAUCUAACUGGGGAUUUAGCAUCACUAAGUGACAUUCAUGGACUGGUUGACUUGAAUGUCUCUUUUAAUCACUUCACAGGGCCAAUUCCAGAAAUCUUGUUGUCAUCUUCCAACAUAUCCAACUCAUCAUUCAUAGGAAAUCCAGGUCUUUGUGGCAAUUUCAAACCUUGUGUUGUUCUUCAACCAAUCAAGAAACACCUGAGCAAACAGCAAUAUGUAAUGAUAGCCAUUGGAAUAUGUCUGAUUGUAGCUGCUGUUCUCCUUGUACUUUAUCUGGUGCUUUUUCUUCACAGAAAACAAAAACAAGACAUUGAGAUGCUUGGUGAAGGGGGUGUGGGUGUGGGUGUUUCCACUUUGAUGAUAAAAGUUCUGGAAGCUACUGAGAACUUGAAUGAUAAGUAUAUAAUUGGGAGAGGAGCCCAUGGAAUAGUGUACAAGGCUUCUUUAGGUCAUGAUAAGGUUUAUGCUGUAAAAAAGCUUGCUUCGGGAAGAACAAAAGGAGGACAUACAAGUAUGAUACGUGAAGUGGAAACAGUUGGAAAAGUGAGACAUAGAAAUCUUGUGACAAUUGAAGAUUUCUUGAUAAAAAAAGAAUACGGUUUGAUUCUUUACAAGUAUAUGAAAAAUGGAAGCCUUCAUGAUGUUCUACAUGAGAGAAAAAGUUUAAGCUUAGAUUGGAGUAUUCGAUACAAGAUAGCAUUAGGAACAGCUCAGGCGUUGUCAUAUCUUCAUUUUGACUGUGAUCCUGCUAUCGUGCACCGGGAUAUUAAGCCUAUGAAUAUUCUUUUAGAUGCUGACAUGGACCCUCAUCUCUCAGAUUUUGGCAUUGCUAAGCUUCUUGAUCAUUCUACUGCUUCACCUCCAACCACCUUACUUAUGGGGACACUAGGAUACAUUGCUCCAGAAAAUGCGUUUACAAGCUCGAAAAGCAUGGAGUCUGAUGUGUAUAGUUAUGGGGUUGUGUUGCUGGAGCUCAUAACCAGACAGAAGGUUCUUGAUCCUUUGUUAAUGGAGAGAACAGGAAACAUGGACUUGGUGUCAUGGGUUAGGUCAACAUGGAGAGACACAGAGGAGCUUGAAAAGAUUGUAGAUGAUGAGGUUUUAGAUGAAAUUGAUGAUACAAUGAUCAGAGAACAAGUGGAAAAUGUUUUAUUGGUGGCUUUAAGAUGUACAAAAUGGGAAGCAACAAGAAGGCCAUCGAUGAGAGAGGUUGUAAAGUGUCUUGAAGAUACCAAAUCUUCAUUCAAAAGCAUCGGAUAAUUAUUAAUAUAUUAGCUUGUUGGGGUUGUUAGUUGUUGUAUACUUAAAUGUCUACCUGUUUUUUUCUUUUUGUUUUUUAAGUCGAUAUAAUAUUAUGAUUUGGUUGCAUCAGUCACGCACAGAUUAAAGAAUUUGGUAACAGUUGGAAAUGCGAG